GAAGAAAAAAUAAAGCAAAAACAAGAAUUUUUUUUUUUGUGCUGUAUCUUGUUCUGUGUGUAUUUACUGUGUAAAGGUGGAAAGAAUAUCGAAAAAAAAAAAUUUUUUUUCCUCUCACACGAUCAUUCAUAUAUUCAUCAAAUGAUAAUUAGUGAUUGUCAAAAAAUAAAUAAAUAUGGGAUUAAUAUUAUGGAAUGUUUUAACGCCCAGAUUCUAUCUGGCAUUGACUGCAUCAUCAUUUUUUAUUUCAAUUUUAAUUCUGCUUUUUGAAUGGUGGUAUUUUGCUAAAUAUGGAAUAUCAUUUAUCGAACAAAUAUUGAUGAAUAUUCUGAAUCCAUUAUUUGGUAUCAAUACGAAUAAUUCGAGCAACAACACUGUCAAUAAUAAUAUUUCACAACAAAAUGGUACAUUUUCCGGUGCAAAUUCACAAUCAUCAAUUGAUUCAAAUGAAAGUGAUGAUCAACAACAACAACAACCGCAUCAGCAACAGCCUCAACAUCAACAACAACAACAACAAUCAUCGAUUGUUGAUAAUCGUCAUCUAAUGCAAGGACAUAUUUCAUUAGAUUCAAAAGUAUGGCGUAAUCCAAUGAGCUUGUUUCGUGGUUGUGAAUAUAAUCGUCUAACAAUGGCUAUUAAACGUGAACCAUUGACAUUUUAUGAUAUGAAUCUAUCGGCACAAGAUCAUCAAACAUUUUUUACUUGUGAUGGUGAUCAAGGUCAUAAGGACAUGGAAAUAAUGUUAACAGCAUGGCGUGAACGUGACCCCGAUGUUCGUAUACGUUCAGCACAUAAAGCAUUAGAAUCCAAUCCUGAUUGUGCACCGGCAUUAAUACUCUUGGCUGAAGAAGAUGCCAAAACUGUAUGGGAAGCGGAAAAAAUUUUUCUUACAGCAUUACGUGCAGCUGAAUUACAAUAUCGAAAAUCACCAACAUCAUCAUCAUCAUCAUCGCCAUCAACAACAUCGUCAUCAUCAUCACCACAACAAUCAUCAUUAUCAUCGCUAACAAAUUCAUCAAAUCAUCAUCAUCAUCAUCAUCAAAAUCAUUAUCAACAAUCAACAAUUGAUGCACAACAUCGGCGUGAUUUAAACGUGUUGAUCUAUAUACGACGAAGAUUAGCAAUGUGUGCACGUAAACUUGGUAAAUUACGUGAAUCAGUGAAAAUGAUGCGAGAUUUGAUUAAAGAAUUUCCAAUGAUGAAUCUAUUUAAUAUACAUGAGAAUCUAAUUGAAGCAUUGCUAGAAAUGAAUGCCUAUGCUGAUGUGCAAGCAUUAUUGGCAAAAUAUGAUGAUAUUAGUCUGCCAAAAUCGGCAACAAUUUGCUACACAUCAGCCUUGUUGAAAUCACGAAAUAUUGGUGAAAAAUUCUCACCAGAUAGUGUGGUGAAACGUGGAUUAUCGAUGGCUGAAAUGAAUGCUGUGGAAGCUAUACAUCGUGCCGUUGAAUUCAAUCCACAUGUACCAAAGUAUUUAUUGGAAUCUAAAAAACUGAUUUUUCCACCAGAACAUAUACUUAAACGUGGUGAUAGUGAAGCAAUUGCGUAUGCAUUUUUUCAUCUUCAACAUUGGAAACGUAUUGAUGGUGCAUUAAAUCUAUUGGAUUGUACAUGGAAAGGAACAUUUCGUAUAAUACCAUUUCCAUUGGAAAAAGGUCAUCUAUUUCAUCCAUAUCUAACCUGUACUGAAUGUACUGAUCGUGAGCUUUUACCAGAUUAUCAUGAAGUAUCUGUUUAUCCAAAAAAAUCGAUACCAUUUUUCAUACGAUUCACUGCUAGUCUUUGUACAUUGACGGCCAUUAUGACUUUUAUAUUUUAUCAAUAUCCAGUACAAAUUGUAUUCAUUGUUCAAUCGUAUCUAAACUGGCUGAAUGAAUUGUCAAUUUCCAUAAUGGAUCGUUUGGAAUUUAUGUUACCAAAUUGGGCAUUUCAAUGUUAUUUGACCAAAAAUUGUUGGCAAUAAAAAAAAAAAAUAUGGUGAAUAACCGAUGAUUGAAUGAAUGAAUGGAAAAUGCAAUCAAGAAAUACUCGUUAUAAUUGGUGGAGCAGGAUAAUUAUUUAUUUUAUUUUUUUUCAAAAAAAAGAAAUCAAAACAAAAUUAUCAUUAUUAUUAGCCAUGGAAGAACA